GAUGCCGAGUACUGUGAACCCCGGGCCUGUCUGGGUACGGCAUUGCCUAUUAUCAGUCUUUCUCUUCCCACUGGUAUGGCAAACAAGUAACUAUUCGCAGGAAGGAAGCUAUCAGAGCCCAAGUCAAAUUCAUUGUUGGCUUGGAGAAAUUUCGAAAAAACCGGGCCAAGGGUGAACGUUGUACAAAAUUGAACCCCAGCAGUAAACGUAUAUAGAACGGGCAGCAUCACAUCACAAGAUACACGGCUUGACGUCUGCCGUAGUAGCCUGCUGCUACAGUUUUACACAUCCCCCCAUGCAUCAACCACGUCCUUCCGCCAUCCCUGAUUUUUACUAUGCCCUCUUUGGUUUCUACGAACCAGCAUUGACUCUGCUCGGUUUCAUCGGCACUCUCCAUGAUCCUGUAUCAGCUCAUAAUACCCAAGCGCCCUGGCCAACUGGCAGUUCGCCUCCAGAGGCUAUACCGAAAGCUUCUAUCGUGACAGUCGUACAACUCGCCCAUGUUUGUGCCCUCAUCGGCGUAGUCAACUUUUUCGUUUUAUCCGCUGCAAGAAAGCACUUGUCUGUGCAGCCUGCUCUGCAGGAGCAAAUCGUCAAUGCACUCCUGACUCCGCUUCUGGUUGGCGAUGCCAUGCAUUUAUACGUAACGGUGUGGGCCUUGGGUGAGGAGCGAUGGGAAAUCAGAAACUGGACGCCCAUGUUAUGGACCACAGUUGUACUAGGCUUGACUUUGAUGAUACCUAGGAUCAUGUGGCAUCUUGGCAUUUGGCGUUACGUUCACAGAAGGGAUGCGCCGAGCAUCAAAGGUGUGAAAGACGGCUACACGCAGAGCAGCGCUAAAGAGUAAGCUCCUAGUGUGCAAGGCGAUAACAGAAUGGGCUAUUGGUGUAAAGCAUUUUCAGUUAUUCUUGAUUUAUAGAUGGAAACAACAUAUUAUUGGAUGUACAAAUACUGAUCUCCUCUUUCUCUCACGUUGUUUACUGUAGAUAAUUUCAGCCGCAAAUACCACGAAUUACAGGAGAACAGGGUAUCACAAACUGGAGAUACAUCUUCCUUUAGUCACAGAGAUUGUUUAAAUGAAAAUAACCACUCUCGAUUCACCG